AUGGAUAUUUGUGGAAGACAUCUAAGAACCUACAGAACAUGUAAGCUAUUAUUAUGUUGGAGUGUGACUUUGUUCCCUUGGGCGAGUGCGUCACCAAACCCCCUUAGAAUAUUAUCAUCUAAUCGCUCUGAAAUAUUAUUACAAAAACAAAAUGAUACGGAAAUUGAGCUAUUUCAUUGGGAAGACUACAGUGUCCUUGCGGUCAUGCUUCUCAUAUCUUGCGGCAUCGGCGUGUUUUAUGGAUAUUUUGGAGAGAAACAAACGACAGGAGAUGAUUUUCUUCUUGGUGGAUCAUCUAUGGGAACAUUUCCUAUGGCUCUAAGUUUAGCAGCCAGCUUUAUAACCGCUAUAGAGUUGUUGGGGAAUCCAGCUGAGAUGUACAUGGCGGGCGGUCAAUUUUGGAUGAUUUGUUUAGCCUUUGUGUUAGUGGUUCCUGUUGCAAGUCAUCUCUACCUGCCUGUUUUCAUGCGACUACGACUAACAUCUUGUUACGAAUACUUGGAAAUCCGUUUCUGUAAAUCUAUGCGCGUGUACGCAAGCGCUCUAUACAUGCUGCAAAUGAUUCUAUACACGGCUGUAGCCGUGUACGCACCAGCACUCGCAUUAUCCGAUGUGACGGGGUUAAAUACAUAUUUGGCUGUAUCAGUGGUUUAUGUUGUUUGUAUAUUUUACGCUUCCCAGGGUGGUAUGAAGGCCGUCAUUAUGACUGAUACGUUUCAAUCAGCUGUGUUACUGGGAUCGUUAGCUGCAGUGCUGGCGCUAGGCGCUGCAGAGACUGGCGGUUUUGAUUUUAUUUGGGAUCAUGCUCGACGUACAGAUCGGCUGCAUUUUUUUGAUAUGAAUCCUGACCCUACUGUGCGUCAUUCAUUCUGGUCAGUGGUUGUGGGCGGUACCAUUUAUUGGAUAAGCAUGUUUUGCGCCAACCAGGCUUCCAUACAGAAAUAUCUGUCCGUGGAACGAAUAUCACAGGCCCGUAUAGCCCUUUGGGUAUCAGCAAUCGGCCUCGUUUCCGUGUACUCCGUAAAUUUCGCUACUGGAGCCCUUCUCGCUGCCCACUAUAAGGGAUGUGAUCCGAUACAGGCUGGUGUAAUAAACGGUGCUGACCGUCUCCUUCCAUUGUAUGUGGUCCGUCAGCUGGGUGAACACCGCGGCGUUCCUGGCUUCUUCGUAGCUGGUAUAUUUGCGGCUAGUCUUGGAACUGUAGCGUCUGCAUUAAAUUCUUUAGCAGCCAUUGCUUGUCAAGAUUUGGUCACCGGUUUGCUCGGCAUAAGUUUACCUGAAAACAAAGGGGCAGCAAUUGCAAGAUGGGUAUGCCUGGGCUGCGGAGCUCUGUCCUUCGCGCUUGUGUUUUUGGUAGAGAAGCUGGGACCUGUCUUGCAACUCGCACUCUCUUUCAAUGGCAUGACUGGAGGAGUUACUUUAGGACUUUUUAGUCUAGGAAUGUUAUUUCCCUGGGCUAAUUAUAAGGGUGCAAUCGCUGGAGGAGUGCUGGGGUUGCUGUUGGUGGUGGUGGCAGGAGGAGGCGCUCAGUUCGCGCAGGUGCCACUGCCGCGUCUGCCUACAACGAUUGAUGCGUGUCCGGUGUCUCUAAACAUCACCUCUCAUAUGACAGAUCCGACAGAAAGUCACGAUCAAAGUGUCUUCUGGCUAUUCAGAGUGUCAUACUUGUGGUACGCGAGCAUAGGUUGCUUGGCAACACUGCUGAUCGGUCUGGCAGUAUCCGUCGCCACCGGCGUUACAGACCCUGCAGAUGUUCCCAUCGAUCUUCUUUCACCGCCUAUUGUCAGCUUUUUGAACUCUUUACCACUUAAAUUAAAGAAAGCAUUAAGAAUGCCAACGCGUCUUGGCUCCGAGCGACGACGAAGCUCCAGCGUCAGGCCGCCAAGCUUGGCCGACGACAAAGACACGAGGCGCCGUCGUCGCCUGUCCGAGCUUGCGGGCGGAGUUUUCUACAGCGACGCGCCGACGCUCACGCGCGGCCACGACAACCACGCGCUCGGCCUCGACACUGAGAAACCACUACCCCAAGAAUACAAACGCACUAGCUUCAAACUUGAUCAUCCACUAAACCCUAACGGGCCACAAACCUCGACUUGU